AUGUUAUAUUUGACCCUUUUUUAUAUCUCAUUCCUCUUAUGCCUUUUUUUUUAUCUCAUUCCAUUUUUACCGUUUUUACCUUUCAUUCAACUUGUGCCUUUUUUCUCUCAUUCCUUUUGUGCUUUUUUCCUCUCAUUCUAUUUGGGGCUUUUUACCUCUCAUUCCAGUUGUGAUUUUUACCUCUCAAUCCACCUCCGCCUUUUUUAUUUCUUCUUCCAUUUAUACCCUUUUUACCUCUCAUUCAAUUUGUACCUUUUUUCUUCUCAUUCCAUUUAUGCCUUUUUCUUCUCAUUCUAUUUUUGUCUUUCAAAACUCAUUCCAUUUGUGUCUUUUUUCUUCUCAUUUUAUUGGUGUCUUUUUAUACCUCAUUCCAUUUUUGCAUUUUUAACUCACACUGCUUCUGUGCCAUUUUUAUCUCUCAUUCCAUUUUGUACCUUUUUUACCUCUCAUCCCACUCGUGUCUGUUUUAUCUCUCAUUACAGCGGUGACUUUUUACAUUCCAUGUGUGACUUUUUUAUCUUUCAUUCCAUUUGUGUCUUUUUUAUCUCAUUCCAUGUGUGCCUUUUCUCCUGUCAUUUCAUUUGUAUCUUUUUACUUCACAUUCCAUUUAUACCCUUUUCCUCUCAUUGCAUUUGUGCCUUUUACCGCUCACUUCACUUGUGCCUUUUUUACCUGUCAUUCCUUUUGUGCCGUUGUUACCUCUCUUUCCAAUUGUACCUUUUCACCUCUCAUUCCACUUGUACCUUUUUACCCCUCAUUACAUUUUCUUUUUUCCCUAAUUCUUUUCAUGCCUUUUCCCUCACAUUCCAUUUAUUUUUUUUUUACCUCACAUUCAAUUUGUGCCAUUUUUACCACUCAUUUCACUUCGCCUUUUUCACUUGUGCUUUUUUACAUCCCAUUCUACUUCUUACCUCUCAUUUCAUUUGUGUCUUUUUACCUCUUAUCGCACUAGUGCAUUUUUCCUUUCAUUCCAUUUCUGUAUGUUUCAAUUUGUGCCUUUUUACCUCCCAUUCCAUUUGUGCCUUUUUUUCUUCUCAUUCCACUUAUGCCUUUUUAUCUCUAAUUCCAUUUAUACUUUUUUUACCUUUCAUACAACUUGUGCCUUUUUUACCUGUCUUUCCAUUUGUGUCUUUUUACCUCUCAUUUUGUUUGAGUUUUUUUUCUCUCAUUCCUUUCAUGUCUUUUUGCCUUUGUUUCCAUUUAUAUUUUUCCAGUCUUUUUUUUUUCCUUUCUUUCAAUAUCCGUCUGUUGUCUACUCGAACACUGUUUUUUUUUUCACGAAGACGUACACCUGAGUCCCCGUUUACAUUUUCACAAUGGACAAUUCCAGGUGAUCUAAAUCGUAUUUUUGUUCUUUACCUAAAACUCUCUCUUUCUUUCUCUCUCACUCUCUCUCUCACUCUCUCUCUCACUCACUCUCUCUCUCUCUCUCUCUCUCUCUUCCUCUCAAUCACUAUAUCUCUCAAAAACUGA